CAAAUGUAAACUGAACUUUAACGGGGAAAGAAUUGGAGAGUAAAGUUCUUAUUCGAGGAAAGAGAAUUGCAGUGUACUCGAGGGGAUACUUGUGCGUCUAAUAAAUCGAGGAUCCGAAGGAAGGAAGCAUGGAUUCGUGUAUGGCGAUGCCAUCAGGGAUGUCAUCCACCUCCAUCUUCACUCUGUUGCUGCAAGCCAUAAUGACCUCCUAUUACGAUUUAAGCGAUCCUCGCCAAUAUCCCGCCGAUCGUACGGAAGAGAUUUUAAAUUCGAACAAAGAAUUCGAUUUCGUGAUAGUCGGGGGUGGGACGGCGGGAUCCGUUUUGGCGCACCGGUUGACGGAAGUGAUGGAUUGGGACGUGCUGUUGGUCGAAAGGGGAGAGGACCCUCUACCCGAAACCGAGGUACCCGCCCUCGUUUUCAACAACUUUGGCUCGUCCCAGGAUUAUCGUUACGCGACGGAGUACCAGGAGGGUGCCUGCAUGAGCAUAAAGGGUAAACGAUGCAAAUGGUCGAAGGGUAAGGCGCUCGGUGGAAGCUCGGUGAUCAACGCCAUGCUGCACGUGUUCGGGAACAGGAUGGACUACGACGAUUGGGCGAGCGAGGGGAACGAGGGGUGGGGUUACGAACAGGUCCUCCCUUACUUUCGAAAAUCGUUGAGCUGUUCGCCGGAUCACGUGGCCCGAUUCGGUUCCGACUACUGCGGGACGAGUGGGCCGAUGAGAAUCCGAAAUUACAAUUACACGGCUACGGAUAUACAGGACGUGAUGCUGGACGCGGCGCGAGAGUUGGGAUACGAGAUACUGGAACCGUUGAACGGCGACCGUUUCGUGGGGUUCGGCAGAGCUAUGGGCACCCUCGACGACGGGCGGCGUCUGAACGCGGCCAAAGCUUUCCUCUCCCCUGUCAAAUACAGGAGGAAUCUGUACGUGAUGAAGUCGAGCCGAGUGGACAGGGUGUUGUUCGGGGAGGACGGGCGGGCGAGCGGAGUGAGAAUCACGUUGAAGAACAAUGAACAGAUCGAUGUGAGGGCGGCCAAGGAGGUGAUCCUGUCGGCAGGGAGCGUGGCCAGUCCUCAGAUACUGAUGCUCUCAGGGAUCGGGCCCAGGAGACACUUGGACGAGAUGGGGAUAUCGCUUGUCCACGACCUACCCGUCGGGGAGAACCUUCAAGAUCACGCAAUAUGGCUGGGCACGAAUCUCUUGUUCGUCAACGAAUCCAUCACCUCGCCCAUGCCCGUGGACGCGAUCUACGACUCGGCGUACGAAUACUUGAUCCAUAAAACCGGCCAGUUGCGCGAUCUACCGAUCGAUCUCCAAGGCUUCGUCAACGUGACCGAUCCCUCGUCCCGUUACCCGGACGUACAGUUCCUCGUGGCGCCGAUUCAUCGUUUCGAGAGUCACAUAUUAACGAGCGUGAUGAACAGCUUCGAUAUGAUGGACGAGCUGGUUACGGACAUGUCACGCGUGAUCACGAAUGCGAGCAUGGUCAUCGUUUACCCCAUACUGUUGAAACCGAGGAGCAGGGGGGUGGUGAGGUUGCGCAGCACCGAUCCCGCAGAUCCCGUCAAGAUCCACGCGAAUUACUUCGCCGAGAAGGCCGAUCUCGAGACGUUGCUGAAGUCCGUGGACGUGAUCAAGGCAUUGGUGAACACCGAGACACUGAAACGGCACGGCAUGCGGUUGCACCACUUCGAUAUUCCGGGAUGCCGGCACGCGAAACCCGACACCGAGGAGUAUUGGGAGUGCAACGUCAGACACGUGACCACCUCCCUGUUCCACGCGUGUGGAACGGCCAGGAUGGGGCCGGCCGACGACUCGAGGGCCGUCGUCGACUCGAGAUUGAAGGUGCACGGCGUCGAUCGUUUGCGAGUGAUCGACGCGUCGAUCAUGCCGACCAUCGUCAGCGGGAAUACCAAUGCACCGACCAUGAUGAUUGCCGAGAAAGGGGCGGAUAUGAUUAAGGAGGAUUGGUGCAAGGAUUUGCGGGUGGAGGAAGGUGACGAUACGCGGCAAACGUGUAUGUAAAAGAUCGUAUAUAAUACAGUAGUAAGUUAGGACGUAGUUGUAUAUUCGAUUCUAUUGUGCUUUGUUCGCGAGAGAAAAAUUGUAACGAAGCUGAGAAUAAAAUUAUUUCAAUUAUUUGUACGUGGGUAAGUGUAGUAAUUAAUUAUUAAUUAUUAAAAAAUUAAAUAUCAACUCUGGUUACUAUUUAAACAAAUGUGUAAUGCUCAACUCUACACUACGUAUACGAUAAUGUAGACGAGUGAAGGAAAAUAAGAAUACGCAGACGUGUGUAAAAGAUCGUUUUCGAUAUAGUAUAUACGGUGUAGUAUAGUGCAGGCUAGGACGUACUUGUAUAUUCUUCCUAUCGUGCUUUAUAUUGUGCGAGAGAAAAUUAGAAAAAUUGUAACGAAGUUGAGAAUAAAAUUAUUUCAAUUAUUUGUACGUGGGUAAGUGUAGUAAUUAAUUAUUAAUUAUUAAAAAAUUAAAUAUCAACUCUGGUUACUAUUUAAACAAAUGUGUAAUGCUCAACUCUACACUACGUAUACGAUAAUGUAGACGAGUGAAGGAAAAUAAGAAUACGCAGACGUGUGUAAAAGAUCGUUUUCGAUAUAGUAUAUUCGGUGUAGUAUAGUGCAGGCUAGGACGUACUUGUAUAUUCUUCCUAUUGUGCUUUAUAUUGUGCGAGAGAAAAUUGGAAAAAUUGUAACGAAGCUGAGAAUGAAAUUAUUUCAAUAAUUUAUUGUUCAUGUGUAUAGAAGAAAAGAUCGGAUUCGAAUAUAUUUUAAACGAUAAAAUUAUUAAAGUAACUCUGGUUACUCUUGAUCGAGUAUAUAACGUAUACGAUAAUGUAGACUGCUACUUCCACUCUUCUCCACAAAAGCCUAAGGAGUGGGGAGAAGAGUCGUUAGAUCUGCGCAGAGUUGAGCAUUAUAACCUGUUGAAAAAGUAACUAGUUAAAAAUUUCGAAUAAACUUACUUUGAAUAAUUAAAA